UCCGGUUAGACGAGCUGCUGUUGUUCUCCACUACACAAAGAGAAAGAGCCCGGACCGAAACAUUAAACAUUAAAACAUGAACGGAUUAACGAAUUUAAAGCUUUUUAUCUCUCAUUAAAAAGGAGAAUUUGUUUAUGGAUGUUUUAUUAAUGUGAGAAAUGUCCGAGCAGAGAGAGAAAUUCAUCACAAACUGCGCAGUCAUAGUUUAAUGGGAGCGGUGACCUGAGCAGAUAUGGUAACGGACGACAAGGUUGCCAUCCUGUCAGACGACGAGGAGGAGCAGAAGAGGAAGUAUGUGUUGGCCGAGCCGUUCAACACCUUGACCCUGGAGCAGCAGCAGGCGGGUGCGUCUGCUCCGCCCGCCCCUGCCCCCGACCCCAACGCCCCACCCGAGCAAGCGUCGCCCGACUCCCUCGACUGCUGCGAGAGGAUGUGCCUCCGCAUUAACAGCCACCUCCUCAUCUCCAAAGUAUUCUACUUCUUCUUCUACGCUGCCUACGGCUCGCUGCACCCUCUGCUGCCGGUCUACUACAAGCAGCUCGGCAUGUCGGCUAGCCGCAGCGGGCUUCUCGUCGGCAUCCGCUACUUCAUCGAGUUCUGCAGCGCCCCCUUCUGGGGUGUGGUGGCUGACCGCUUCCAGAAGGGGAAGGCGGUGCUGCUGUUCUCCGUGUUCUGCUGGCUGGUGUUCAACUGCGGCAUUGGUUUCGUCAAACCUGCGGAGAUGACGUGCGAGGAGAAGAAUCCUAUUCCCCUGACGACGCUUGCGCCCCACGUGACGCACGGUAACGUCACGGCCGCACCACCGAGCAACUCCACCCACCACGCCAGGAACCGACGCAGAGUCCAAGACCUCUUCGAACUCCUGGACUCUUACGUCAUCGCGCUCCCCAGGCACAGGCGGAGCGCGGACGCCAAUGUGACAUCACCCCCUUUCAAUGUGACGUCACCUCCCUCAAAGGUGACAUCGCCUCCCCCUAAGGUGACAUCAGCCCGCGUCAAGCCGGCCAACACGACCCGGCUCAAGCCAAACACCACCACCACCGCCAAAACAACCACCAAAACCACCACCCCCUCCCCAGCUCCGACCAAACCAAAGCUGUACCAGAUCAUCUACAACCAGGACCAAGUGGAGACCAACUUCCUGCUCAUUCUGCUUGUCAUCAUCGUUGGCGAGUUCUUCAGCGCCCCCGCCGUCACCAUCGUGGACACCGUCACCCUGCAGUACCUCGGCAAAGCUCGGGACCGCUACGGCCUCCAGAGGAUGUGGGGCUCUCUCGGUUGGGGUCUCGCCAUGCUGCUGGUGGGCAUCUGGAUCGAUCACACGCACAUAACCGUCGUACUGGACGGCGUCGGCUGCAUCCUGCCCGACUACCGCCUCCACAACUACAAGAUCGCCUUCAUCGUCUUCGGCGUGCUCAUGGGUGUGGCAUUCAUCGUCGCCACUCAGUUCUACUUCGAUAAAAGUGGCGAAUACCGGCAGGAGCUCGUAGAAGGGUCAUUGGAGGAGUCGGGGGGUCCUCGGGCAUUACCUGAGUCGGGCUCUUCGGAUCAGCCUCCCAACGGCGCUCAGGAGUUCCACUACAGCGACCUUCUGAGGCUGUUGUGCACCGUGCGCUACAGCUCCGUCCUGUUCGUUGCCUGGUUCAUGGGCUUUGGCUACGGCUUCGUCUUCAGCUUCCUGUACUGGCACCUGGAGGACCUGAAGGGGACGUACACGCUGUUUGGGAUCUGCUCCGUCCUGAGUCACGUCUCCGAGCUCGCUGCCUACUUCACCAGCCACAAGUUCAUCGAGCUGGUGGGACACGUCAGAGUGUUGUACAUCGGCCUGGCCUGCAACACGGCUCGUUACCUCUACAUCUCCUACCUGACCAACGCCUGGACCGUGCUGCCCAUGGAGGUCCUUCAAGGUGUGACCCACGCCUCAGUUUGGGCAGCCUGCAUCUCCUUCCUGAGCGCUGCCGUCCCUCCGGCCCUGAGGACGUCUGCUCAGGGCAUCCUGCAGGGCCUGCACCUCGGCUUGGGCCGCGGCUGUGGAGCCAUGGUUGGAGGAGUGUUCGUCAGCUACUUCGGUGCUGCAGAGACGUUCAGAGGCAUCGGCAUGGCCUCCCUCGUCAUCCUCCUCAUCUUCUCCUUCAUCCAGUGUCUGAGCGGCGAGACCGAGGGGAAAGAGGAUAAAAUGUUGGCGGAGAACAUCCCCGUCCCGUCUAGCCCCGUCCCCAUCGCCACCAUCGACCUGGUCCAGAGCCAGACUCCUCAAGGAUCCGCCGUGUUACCCAUCAAGAAGACCAAGCACCAGGAGGAGCAGGAGGACGUGACCCGGCCCGCCUGGGUGCUCUCCGGCGCCCCCUGGGUCACCAUCGCCUUCGCCAUCGUCCAGAUCAGAGAGAUGAUGAUCAUGGCGAAGAGCGGAGGGCCGCCGGCGGAGAAUCAACCGCUGCAGAUAUCCAGUGAGGGAACGUCUGCUGAUUACGAAGCGGUGGAGACAUCGCACGGAAACCCCGACGUUGACCCCACCCGCCCCGCACCCACAGAAAACCAAACGCACCCGGCAGGAGGACCCAAAGAAAACCCCACCUUCACAGCAGAAAGCACAGGCUGAUUUUAAUGUAGAGCUUUAAAAUCAGUGUGUGACUAAUAUCCAUCUUAACUGGUCUUUAUAGUUUCAUUAAUGACGGAAACUCUC